CAGGAGAGCUACCAGACUCUCACUCUGGCAGCGGGGAGAGUCCUUCAGGGGAACCAGACCCAGAGACUUCCAAAUCGGCGAGACGACACCACUGCUCCCAGUGUGGGAAAAGUUUUCUCCGAUCACAACAAUUGAAAUCGCACAAGCGAACACACACAGGAGAAAAGCCUUACCAGUGUUCCCAGUGUGGAAAGUGUUUUACUCGGUUAGAUUACCUGAAAAGUCAUAAGCAAAUACACUCUGGAGAGAAGUCCUACUCCUGUUGCCAUUGUGGAAAAAGUAUUAGGUGGUUAGGGACUCUGAAAUCUCAUGAGCGAAUGCACACACAAAAAAAGCUCUACCAAUGUCAGUUGUGUGGAAAGCGGUUUACCCAGUUAGAAGCCCUGAUUGUGCAUGACAGGACACACACAGGCGGGGAUAAGACCUACCACUGCUCCCAGUGUGGAAAGAGAUUUAAUUGGUUAAGGCAGCUGAACAAGCAUGAAAGAAUACAUACACAGGAGGAGAAGACAUACCACUGCUCUCAUUGUGGAAAGACAUUUUCCCAGUUAGAGGACCUGAAAUCGCAUGAGAAAAUAGAGAGGCUGUGUUCUGACUUGAGUUUUUGACUGAUAAUUUGUGUUUUUGUUUAAUCUUUAUGAAAUCAAUUUGUAUAUAUGGAAGCAGAAUAAGGCUACUGUUGUUGUUUCAUUUAGAGACCUGAUCAUGUCUAAUAUCAGGUGUCUGUUGGGUUCUGAUGAUGAGCGUCGUUUGAUUUGAUACAAGUAUAAACCCUCUGUUGUUCAUCAUAUGCUUUUCGUAUUGCAUGAUGUACAUAAAUAUAUAAGUAAG